GUCCAGGGCAGCUUGAGGGCUCUGGCGGGGAGAAGCGUGCCGAGUGACCACUAGGACCCGAGUGCGCGAUUCGGUUGUUUGUGUGUGUCCUGCUCUCAGCUUCCACGCCGCGCGUGCUCCCGGACCUUCGGGCGCCAUGUGGAGGAGCUGCCUCCGGCUGUGGGACCGGGGGCACCGACUCCUGCACUUGCCCGCCGGUAACCCCACCACCUCAGGGAGGCGGAGACCCAUCGUCGUGUCUCCGGCCCGGGCCUACGUUCCACCGACAGAAAGGAAGAGAUUUUAUCAGAACGUCAGCAUCAGCCAGGGUGAAGGUGGCUUUGAGAUCAACCUAGACCACAGGAAGCUGAAGACCCCCCAAGCCAAGCUCUUUACCGUGCCCAGCGAGGCCCUCGCCAUUGCCGUGGCCACCGAGUGGGACUCGCAGCGGGACACGGUCAAGUUCUACACGAUGCACCUGACCACGCUGUGCAACACAUCCCUGGAUAACCCCACUCAGAGGAGCAAGGAGCAGCUGAUCCGCGCGGCCGUCAAAUUUCUGGACACCGACACCAUCUGCUACAGGGUGGAAGAGCCAGAGACCUUAGUGGAACUUCAGAAGAACGAGUGGGAUCCAGUUGUGGAAUGGGCUGAGAACAGGUACGGCGUGGAGAUCGGCUCCUCCACCAGCAUCAUGGGGCCCAGGAUCCCCGCCAAGACGCACGAGGUGAUUACCAGCCACCUGGCAUCUUACAACAUGUGGGCCCUACAAGGGAUUGAGUUCGUGGUGACCCAGCUCAAGUCCAUGGUGCUGACCUUGGGUCUCAUUGAUCUGCACCUGACGGUGGAGCGGGCGGUGUUGCUGUCCCGACUGGAGGAGGAGUACCAGAUCCAGAAGUGGGGCAACGUCGAGUGGGCCCACGAUUACGAGCUGCAGGAGCUGCGGGCCCGCACAGCCGCCGGCGCCCUCUUCGUCCACCUCUGCUCCGAGAGCUCCACGGUCAAGCACAAGCUACUGCAGGAGUGAGGCCGGGCGAGCCCACCCUGUGCGGGCAGGACCGAGGCCACUGGGCCGCAGCCUCUCCACCGCUG